CGCCAUCUUCCUUACAGGUGAACGAAAACAGGCGAAGGGGAAGACGACGCUCCUCCGAGAAAAGAGCGCGCCGCUCCGAUGAAUCCUUCUCCCAGUAGAAUCCUACCUGGCUACAGUCUCGCAAUAUAGGAGUGCAGCUACCGCCCGCGUCACGAGUCAGGAAAUUAGAAACUACAUUACCCAAGAUGCAACGAAAGAAACCACCGCCCCAGUAUACCCAGAAAGCAACGCAAAGAGGCGAGCUUGGGCUUCUUACAGGAGACGGUAAGAAAAGAAUGUGUACUCCCAGAAUGCUCCGCGGCAUGGCAGAGUACGCAUACAUCUACUAAAAGGAAGGUGGACUCUGACAUACAUAGAAAUUAACUCUCAACAACAAGGCAUAGGAAAACGGAUAUGGUUCGUUGCCAUUUCUUUCUCUACGGAGAGUGAGGUGGGAAAACUGGGUUCUGAAGUGUUAGCAUGUCCCAAAGGGACAACAGGAAACCCAACAUAAAAUGUGACACAUCAGACAGCAAGAAAUACAAUGGGGCAGAAAGCAAUUGUAAUGCCAAAGAACAGCUGUGGAGUCAAAGGUUUCAUGAUGUCGCUGGAUGCACCAAAACAGAAAGAAGCCUUGAUCUCAAAGCUUUUGAAAAACAGUCUUCAGAAGGAACCAGCAGCAACACUUUUAUUUUCUUGUCCACUGAGGAGCGUAAAAAGGUCACUUUGCAUUUUAAAAAAAAGGCUACACUUCAGAGAGAUGGAAGGAGCAAUAAGGACACUGCAGCAGCCUUUCCUAGCAGUGAAGACUCUGAAUCAAAUGCCUGCAGUGAAUCUAAUGCUCAAAGAAGGAAAAAGGAGUUGGGAGACUUGAAGGUCCUAAACAGCUGGGAGAAGAAGAAAAAGAAGAAGAAGAAGAAAAAGGCCAGAGUGAAACACACCAAACAAAAAGAAAUAAUAGUGACGCAUAUGCUAGAGCAGUCUGUGGAAACCGUGCUUCCUACCCUGUGCUCUUCCCACUCUGGGAAAAAGCCUUCCAAUUUGACUACAGUCAGUAGACUGCAGAAACUUUCCCAAAAGCCAUAUCCAGCCUUUGAUGAUUCUUCAUAUAGGAUGUCAGUCUUACAAAAGGGCAAAGCAGAGUUUCUGAAAACAGCAAAGCAUGCUUCACCUGAGCUACCCAAAAAAAGCGACAAGGAGAUGAAACAUGUUUCGUUGACUGAACUGUCCAGAGGUUGGAAGUAUCAAAAGCAGAAGGAACAGCAAUGCCUUGAACCUGUUGGUAAUACUUAUUGUGCAAGGGCAUGCAUAAAGAACAGGGAGGAAGAAAUUUUGCAUGUGAAUCAGAACAUCAGAGGUCUGCACCACUCUUUCCUAGCUGAACCUACUGAGACUACCAAUAUAGAUGAAGAGAUGCAGAUAGUAGAAGAUCUGCAUGCUGCUCGUGCUGACAAAAAGAUAGUUUUGCCUGUGGUGGAGACCUGUGGAGAGUUGACCAGCAUGGAGAUAGAUCCUCCAGAUGACGAAGCAAGCAAGUCUUCUAGGAACAUUUCUGACAUGAAUACUUUGAUUGUGAUUGAUACUAACAUACUGAUCAGCCAUCUAAAGUUCAUCAAGACUUUGAAGAACACAGAUAUCCCAGGCAUUGGCAAAUUUGUGCUUGUCAUCCCCUGGGUGGUCUUACAGGAACUGGACAAUUUAAAGAGAGGAAAAAUAUUGGCAAAUGUUGCUCAAAAGGCAAUCCCUGCUGUACAUUUCAUCCACCUGUGCCUGAAAGACCAGGAUCCAAAGCUGUGGGGACAAUCGGUGCAACUUGCUUCUCAGCAAACAUAUGGUUUGAAUAUUGAGAACAAUGAUGAUCGUGUGUUGCAAUGCUGCCUGCAGUACCAGAAACUCUUCCCUGAAGCCGAAGUUGUAUUACUGACGGAUGAUAAAAACUUGUGCAAUAAAGCCCUGGUGAGUGAAGUAAAGGCACUUAGAAAAGCAGAGCUGGUUACUGCACUCAAGAAGCUGGCUGUAAAUAGUGCAGCUUGCAGUACUUUGUUGCAAGACACAGUGCCCAAGAACCCUAGGGAGAUGUCUUCUGACCAUCUUUUAGGCAUUAUUUGUGACCUUGAAAAAAGCUUGGGAGAAGCCUUGUCAUGUAUAUUGCAAGCAGAAAUGAAGAUUGCGUAUGGAGACCUGUGGACAGAGGUAGUGUAUCAUACACCUCCAUGGACGUUAGCAGACCUACUGGAAUGCUACAAAAAACACUGGAUAGCUGUUUUUGGACAGAUCAUACCAAGAUGCUAUCUUUCAACCAUUGAAUAUCUAUCAACACAUCUCUGUAAAGCUGGAGAGGAUAGCCAUGAGACAGUCCAGCUGGUGCUUCAGGAAACCAAAAUGCUUUUGGAUACAUUCAGCUCAAGGUCAAGCUAUAAUGGUGUCCUUCCGCGGGCCUUUGCUUCAGUGAAGAAUCUGUAUGAGACUCUCAAGAAGUUUGAGACAGGUACUGGACAGAAUUCUUCAACAGCGACCUGUGAAAAAAUGGAAGAUACAGCUUUGACUCAACACACUGAGGCAAGAACCGAGCCACUACCAGAAGAGCCAUUGGCUCAAGGAACUAGACACCAAGAAAUCUGGUCUGUCCUUGAAAGUGUCUGGAACACAAUGAACCUGUACAGGCUCGAAGUUUUCCAGAAGCUGGAUCUCAGUGCAAUAGACACUGCUCAGUACAGGUCAUCGUUCAAAGAAGCUUUCUUAGGCCUGCAGGAAUUAAUGGCAGCUGUGAAUGAAAUUCUCACAGGAAUCCAACAAAUUUUAAUGCCAAACAAUAGCUUUCAGGAUGUCUGGGCCCUCUAUAACUUCUUAACUAAAAACAAGAUAAACACUAGCAUAACUUUUACUGCUGAAGAGUUCUAUGCUUGUGUUUCCCAGGGGAUGUACAGGGAACGGUUGUCAAUCGGUUGUAGCCAGCUAGUUCAACUGGAACAUGCUAUUAAACAGUUCUAUGAAUCUGUCGGUUUGGAAGCCAAAAACAGAGGAUGGCUGUGAUCCUGCAGUCGUCUGAAGCUUAUGAAGGAACAGUAUUGUUUUUUUCUUCUUAGCCUAAAGCUGCAAUCUUAUACAUAAUUCUUUGGGAAUAAUUCCAGUUGAAUUGAGAUUUAUUUUCCCAAGUAAACAAGUUUAGGAUUGCAGUCCCUACACCUUCAGAAAAAUUUCAUUUCCAUUUUUACAGUGAUUUCGGCUUGAUUUACAAGAGCAGCAGUAACUGAUUUGCCAGGGAAAAUGUGUUUUCAUUGAAUAGAUGCAAGUGUAUAAAGCUUCUAUGCUUUUUGCACCUUUUAGAAGAAUACAAAAAGCUUUUUUGCUAUUUAUUUACAAAAUUCACUACUAUUUAACUUUUUAAAUUUAUUUCUAUCUCUGAGAAGCAUGAGUAAAAACCGGCCUAUUAUAGUCUUUUUCUAGCCAUUGCUGUAUUUUUGCUGAUUUUUAUCUUAAAGCAGGCCACACAAUUGUGAAGCUAUUUAUUUGUAUAGUUGUUUUUGACAUCCUAAAAAAUAUUUGUAAAAUAUUUGUAAACUGAGCCAGUCUUCCAGUAAAUUGCUGAACUGCCUUAUUGUCAAAUAAUAAGAUACAUUGAGAGCCAGCAUUGGGUUGUUGUGAAGAUUAAAAUGGAGGACUAUGAAUGUUGCCCAGAGUUUCUUGGAAGAAGGGCAGGGUGAAAAUAUAAUUCACCCAUUAAUGUAAAAUCAAAAGAUUAUUGCAAAUUACCAUUUGAGGGAUUCUGACCUACUCUGUAUACAUAAAAACAUGAAGCCUUUGCAGGAUAAAAAAGGCAUAAAUUGUUGUUGCUCCCCUUGAA